CUCAAAGUUACUCAUCAUUACAAACAAUAAAAAUCGAGUUUGUUUAAAACUAUUAUUGCGUCUAAAUUUUCAUCAAUAGGUACUAAUCUGGAUUGUAGGUUUAAUGUAGCAUUCCCGAAGUUUUCAUAAAUGGUAAAUGUCCCAUCGAUACUAGCAAUACUAGUAUUAUACUACCAUUACCAAUAGUACCUACCUAAAUACUUAACCAUUAGGUAUGAACUUUCCCACUUAUUACUAUUAUACAAUGACUUUUCAUAAAACAUUAAAUAUAUUAUGCCGUAACCACUAACCACUGAGGUACAGAAAAUAAUAUGUUUGAGCACAUGGUCUGUGAAGAAUGAAGAUGCAAUUAUUUUUAUGCAUUUUUUCGUUACCGUGUACAAAACCAUAGAACAUUCAACAUAUUAUGUUCUGACAAAAUUUUAGUUUUUAUCAUCACAAAAACCAUUACGUGAUACUGUGAUAACAAUUAUUCAGUUAGGAAAUGUUUCGCGGUGAUAAAGUUAUGGUUCUUUUCAAAAUUUCAUAAUUAUGUUUAAUGCUUUUUUAAAUUUUUAAUGUUUUCUGCUGACUUUUUUUCUUGUUACAGUUCAUUAUCGUCGAGAAUGUUGACAAGUAUAAUAUCGAUAAUGUAUUUAUUGUAAUAUCUAUACAUUAUCGAAGUGAAUAUUAUUUUCUCUACGCGCGAUUUUACAAUGGACCUAAUACAGCGGUACAGCGGAGAUAGUGACAGCGAGCAUGAGUAACUGAAUCAGAACAAAACAUUUUACCAUUACCCAAAGCUAUUGCUACAAUGUUUGAUGGCAAGCUGUAUCAUCCAAAGCCAGAUGACAAACCCGAUUCCCACCAGGGACGUACUCGAUUGUUUGAACAUGAGCGUGGUAAUUGGGCCACUUAUGUAUAUGUACCAUGUCCAGAUAUGGAUUUAAUAGAAAUCAUUCAAGAAAAAUUGUCCGAAUGUGGUCUGGAAAUUAUUGAACAUCCCCAUAUUAGCCUUACAAAAACAGUUGUACUGCAGUAUCAUUGGAUACAACGUUUCAUAAAUGAUGUAAAAUCUAAAUUGUCAACAAUCCUAAGGUUUACAGUUACUUUUGGAAACUUAGAGGUUUUCUGUAAUGAAAAUUGUAGUAGAACAUUUAUUGGUUUUCUUGCAGAACCUGCAGAAGUGUUAUCUGAAUGUGUUGAUCAAUUGGACAAAGUCUUGUCCGAUUAUAAUCUACAAAAAUAUUAUGAAAAUCCAAAAUUUCAUUUGAGUGUGGCUUGGUGUUUGGGCGAUCAAUCUAGUCAGCUAAGAACUAAAUUAAAAUCAUUAGAAUUAGAAAUAGAAGUUGGCACUUGUCGUAGCUUAAGAGUUGAAAAACUAAUGUGUAAAACUGGUAAUAAAAAAUAUAAUUUUGAUCUAGUUUAAUAA